GCAAAAUGAAAUUAGUUUUCUCUUUCAAGCAAAGAACGCUGAAAAAGACAAACAUAACAAUGGCUUAUAACACAGACACUACUAGGGAAGAUGAAGAUAAGUUCAGCAGAAGCUGGGAUCCAUUUCUGGUAAAACCAGUGUUCGAUGAGGAAGAGAAAACAUCAAAAUUUGUUAUAGGACUUAUUAAGAUUAUUUGUACCAUAGUUGGACUUCUGGUUUUAAUUUCUGGAGCUUUAAGCAAGGCUUCUCUAUUACUUCUGAUAAUGAUGAAUGGAGAUUAUUCAUUGCAUGUUUCAAAUAAACCGUUGGCAGCCAUUAUCAUUGGAGCAGUGUUGGUAGCACCAAACGUACUAACGUUACUUAAGAGCCUUUGGAAGGUUUCAUUUACCACUUCUUCAUGCCCUCCUAGAAAAGACUUGUUCAUGGUUUGCCUUACUCAGAGCUUAGUUGCCCUUGGAACAUCAAUGCUGAUAUUAGUGGCAAUGCCUCACUUCAACAUUAUAAGCAACAUCAUGAUCCUUAACAGUGUCUGCUUGAUUCCUUCAUUUUUUCAAAUAAUUGACCAUGUUAAGAGGCCAACUUGGAAAUUGACUAUUCCAAUUUUAUCUGUAGUGUUUCUCAUAGCUGGCUACAUAAUGUUCUUUAUAGGAUAUAUCAACAUGAACCUUCCAAACAUCUAUAUCUAUAUCAUAAUCGCAUUGAUUGCAGCAUUUUUAAUAUCCAUAAAUUGGGUUAAAUUUGUUACAGAUAUCUUUGACCAGAAGAAUGACUGCAAAAAUAUGUUGUACAUUUUCAGCAGUCUGGUUAGAAUCCUUGUGACUGCAGUUUUUGUAGGAAGCUAUAUUCCAAUUAUUGGGGAAGACUGGUCUAAGAUAAAACUUGCUACGGCUAAGGAACUUCACCUAGUGAUCAGCCUCUUUUGUAUCCAAGCUGGGACUUCUGUAAUUUGUCAUUGGUUUGGAGUUGUGGCAUGUAAAAUGCAUUCAGUUCGAAGAAGUUUUGCUUUGCCUCUAGUGACUACUCCCAUUGCUGUUAUUAUUGCAGUUUUUUGCAUUUUUUUUACUUCGGAAGCAGCUAAACAAAGCACUGGUGGGACAGGAUAUUUAAACAUUUCUGUUCUGUACAACAAAAUUAAAGUAAAUGACAGCCUCAGUGUGGCCCAAAAUCUAUUCAUGGAAGUGUCCAAUAAUUUAUGUCAAACAUUGUCUUUCAGCAGUGUUUCAAAUCUUGUUAUCAUAGGCCUAGCUGCACUAUGUUGGUACAUUGGGUUCAUCCUUUGCACUAGCAAUGUUUGGAAGUUAAAAUUACAAAGGAUAGAAAGGACAACUCAGCUUUUUAUACUCCGCUUAUAUGAAGCCGCUUUUGUCGAUCAAUCAAUGUUGCUUAACGUAAGAACUCAACCAAUAGAAACUGAACAAAAUGAAGACAACAGGAGAUCUCAGGACAAAGUCAUGAUCUAUUUGUGCGCUACCAUGUGGCAUGAGACAUUUGAUGAAAUGCUAAAGAUUAUGACAUCAUUGUUCAGAUUGGACAAAUACAAAGCUCUUAAAAACAAGGAAGCUUUUGAUUUUGAAGCACAUAUUUAUUUUGAUGAUGCUUUCACUGAUGUUUCCGAAGACCAAACUGGAAAGAAGACAAGAAGCGUCAACAGCUAUGUAGAAUGUCUUGUGUCUGUGAUUGAGGAAGUGUACACUGUGUUCACAUUUGACAAACGUGAAGAGCUUUCUAAGAAAAAUACCACAUAUGUUGUACAGCAGAAGAUUAUAGCGACACCUUAUGGCGGUCGGCUGUGCUACACACUUCCACAUGGAAACUUCCUAUAUGUACACCUGAAAGAUAAACAUAGAAUCCGACAUAAGAAGAGGUGGUCUCAGAUCAUGUACAUGUAUUAUUUGUUGGGAUGGAAGUUAUAUCGGAAAUAUUUAAAUUUAUCAGACAAAUCUGAACUUGAGAAAGCAAAAUCAAACACCUAUAUUCUUGCACUGGAUGGAGACACUGACUUUCAGCCAUCAGCUUUAUUGCUCUUGGUGGACAGACUAAAAAUGUAUGAAAAAGUCGGUGCAGCCUGUGGAAGAAUACACCCGACGGGCACAGGUCCUAUGGUUUGGUAUCAGAAGUUUGAAUACGCUAUGGGCCAUUGGCUGCAAAAGUCCUCAGAGCACGUUUUUGGUUGUGUCCUCUGCAGCCCAGGAUGCUUUAGUUUGUUUAGAGCAUCUGCACUUAUGGAUGACAAUGUGCUGAAGAAAUACACCACAAAAGCAACCGAAGCUUCUCAAUACGUCCAGUAUGAUCAAGGUGAAGAUCGUUGGCUCUGUACGUUGCUACUUCAACAAGGCUGGCGUGUGGAAUAUAACGCUGCAUCCGAUGCCUACACAAAUGCUCCACAAGAAUUUGAAGAAUUUUAUAAUCAACGUAGACGUUGGGGACCAUCAACUAUGGCCAAUACCCUUGAACUACUGAAUAAUGGAAGAGAAGCAGUAAAGAAAAAUGCAUCCAUCUCAACUCCCUAUAUCAUUUACCAGAUAUUUACUAUGACGUCAUCAAUACUAGGGCCGGCUACUGUCUGCUUAAUGAUUGCAGGUUCAUUUUCCUUUCUCUUUCAAUGGAAUGCAAAUGUCAGUUUAAUAUUAGCAAUAACUCCUCCAGCUAUGUACAUUGGUGUCUGUUAUCUAACAAGUACAAAAACCCAAAUAAACAUUGCUGCAGUGCUCAGUGUGCUAUAUGCUUUUCUAAUGACCGCAACCUUCCUGUGUAUUAUAGGUGACAUGGUUAAACAAGAAACCUUUGUGACACCUACUGGCAUAUUUCUCAUUUCCAUGGCUUCAAUAUACAUUGUAACAGCUUUAGUUCACCCACAGGAAUUCCAUUUACUAAUCUAUGGACUUAUGUACAUUAUUUGUGUACCAAGUGGCUAUCUCCUAUUAACUAUAUAUUCCUUGGUUAACAUGCACAUAGUCUCAUGGGGAACCCGUGAGACUGCUAAACCAAAAGAGAAAAAUAAGGAAGAAAACAAGAAAGUCAGAUAUAGAAAGAAUUUUAAAUGUUUGUGCUGGGACAUAGAGAUAUCAGUUAAUGAGAAAAAUGCUAAAGAGAAUAGUCAAAAACAAGAACAGAAAGAUAAUCUUCAGCCUCUCACCAUUCAAAGCCAAGAAUAUGAAAAUGACAUCGAACAAGGUAGCCACACGAAUGAAAAUGAUGUUGCACAGGAAGCUUAUGAAGAAAGAUGGAUACAGCAAUUACAAUCAAAAUCAAGAUACAAUGUACUAAAUGAAGAACAAUUAAUGGAGGAGGAAGUUCCAUUUUGGAAAACUCUUAUAAAGGAUUACUUGGAGCCUCUCAAUGAAGAUAAGAAAAAACAAGAACAAAUUGCAGAAGAUUUAAAGUCAUUAAGGAACAAAGUAACCUUUGUGUUUUUCAUGAUCAAUCUGUUGUGGAUUGUGGCUACUUUCUUUUUGCAAAUAAUUGGCUCUUCGAUCACCAUAAAAAUACCCAAAGUGUUUGUCAAUGGAACCAUUUCAGAUUUAGAAACAUUGCCUGUGGAACCCAUUGGAUUUAUGUUCUUGAUAUCAUUUGCCAUCUUAAUUCUAUUACAGUUUGGUGCACUUCUAUAUCAUAGAAUCUAUACUUUAAUUCAUUUCAUUGCUUAUCAAGAAACUGAAGGGAUGAUAAACAGAGAGGCCUUUGGAGAUGAAAACAAAUACAAAGAAAUGAGCAAUGGAAUUAACGAAAAUCAAAAUAUUUAUGAGAAUCCCAUUGUAAUAAUUGCAGAAAAUGAGACAGGCCAAAGUGCUAUCCCUUCUCUAGAAAUGCAUCUUGUAACAAGUUGAUUUUUGCACAGACAGUCAGGAACUGCACUAGUGAAUAUAUAGGCUCACCAUAUGCACGCUAUGUCUGGGUCUGGCAAUAGGCAGUAAAUGAUAGUGCUGAUAUCACCAAGCACAAGUGGAUCAGAAUAGUGGAAGCAUCUAAUUCAGGGUUAUUCCAUACUUUAGUGGAAUGGGGUCUAUUUUUUUAAUGACAUUUGUCAGUGUGAUUUACUUAUGUAUGUGCUAAGCAUAAGACAUUCUGAGCUUUGUAAACAAAGUUGAUCUUUUUUUUUAUCACAGGGACUAAUAUUCCUAUGCUGAAUCACCCUGUUUUAACUGAUGACGUUUUAUUGGUGGAGAGUUUAUUUGUACAAAACACAUUUUUACAUUUUCUUUAACUUGAGCUUGUGCUAUCACUACUGGCUGAGAGAGAAAUGUGGACUUAUCCAGCAGACUUGUGAUCUACUGGUAGAUCGCAAUCUGAGCACAUCUGAUCUAAUUACUCAGUGAUUAGGGGCACUGACCAUAUAAGUGGUCUGCUUCUAUUAUGUAGUAAAUGUCUACAUAAAUUGCAAAGAACAAUAUUAAUACAACUACAACAACCAUAAUCAGAGUCAUUCCACUGGAAUCUACAUGUGCAACACAUAACUAAAUCUAACAUCUUUACUAUUAAAAAUGCUAAUUUUCCUUGUGUGAGAAGAGAAAACUUAAAGAAUUUCUCAGCAAAACAAUUAUGGCUGUCAUGAUAUUAUACACCUGCUAGAAUAUACUGAAAAUCUGGUUUGAAGAAAGCUUACAAAUUCCAGCCUAUUACUCUGCAUUUUAUUUCUAAAGGUCUUGGACUAAUUAGAUUAAUACUAUUAGUGUUGUUUAAUUAAUAAAACAAAUCGAUAUAGCAUUUUACAUUAAAAGGGACAUUAUAAUCAUAUGCUAAAUCACUUGAAAGUGAUGCAACAUAGCUGUUAAAAGCUGACGUGAAAGUAUCACCUGAACAUCUCUAUGUAAAAAGGGAAGAUAUUUUAUCUCAAAAAUGUUUCUGAACAGUUAUACGUCAGCUGCUGUCCAGCUGCAAGUUGGAAAAAAAAUAGUCAAUCAGUAUCAGCAGUGCUGAGGUCAUGCUUUGCUGUGAUCUCAAGAGAUUUCAUAUUAAACAUUCUUAUACUGAAUAGGAAAAUAACAUGACUGUGCCUGCACAUGCCUGAUGGACACUCCCUUUCAAGUCCUGGGACUAGUAUCCUGAUUGGCUGCUUACAGUGGGGUGUGAUACUUAGGAAAUUUUUGAAGUAAAAUAUUUUCCUUUUAUACAUAGAGAUGUUCAGGUGAUAUUUUCUAGCCAGCUAUUUACAGCUAUGCUGCAUCACUUUCAAGUACUUCAACAGUUGGGUAUCAUGGCCCUUUAAACUAGAGAAUUUGCCAAGUAGCUGAAACACAAACAGUACAUAGUGGUAAAAAGAUUGAUAAACAAUGCAACAAAUUUAUUUUUAAAAACAUGUUUUUAGCUUUGAUUAAUAAUUUUGACUCCAGUAGGAUAAGGUUAAAUACGGUUACAUAAAUUAUGAUGAGUUAUUUAACUUUUGAAGAAAAAUGUUUGUUAUAGAAGUAGUUAUUCAUUUUUUAACUUAUAGCGUAUUCCUGUAUAUAUUUAUAAUAAAUUAAAUAACACACAGGUAAGUUAUUAAAAAAUGCUAAACAGUGCGACAGAUUUAUUUUUUAAAUACAUUUUUAGUUUUG